CAUGGAUUAGAGCCAACUGCGCUCUUCAAAAGGGUGCCGGGCUGUGCUUCCCUCCCGCGGCCCGGGAACUUCAAAGCGGCCCGCGCUGCCCGGACCGCCUAGCUCCGCUCUGGGACCUCGAAGCCCCGGCGCGGCCGCCUGGUGGCCAUGACCCGAGCGCUGUGCGCGGCGUUCCGCCAGGCUCUCCUGCUGCUCACCACCGCCGCCGCGCUCACGACAGGAUUGAAGUGUGUAUGUCUUUUGUGUGACUCUUCAAACUUUACCUGCCAAACUGAAGGAGCAUGCUGGGCCUCGGUUAUGCUAACCAAUGGGAAAGAACAGGUGAUCAAGUCCUGUGUCUCUCUCCCAGAGUUGAACGCUCAAGUCUUCUGUCAUAGUUCCAACAAUGUUACCAAAACUGAAUGCUGCUUCACAGAUUUUUGCAACAACAUAACACUGCACCUUCCAAAAGCAUCUCCAAAUGCCCCAAAACUCGGACCCAUGGAGCUGACCGUUGUUAUUACUGUGCCAGUUUGCCUCCUGUCCAUGGCAGCGGCACUGAUGAUAUGGGCGUGCCAAGGUCGCCAGUGCACAGACAGGAAGAAAAAGAGACAGAAUGUGGAGGAACCCCUCUCUGAGUGCAAUCUGGUAAAUGCUGGAAAAACUCUAAAAGAUCUGAUAUACGAUGUGACGGCCUCUGGCUCUGGCUCCGGUCUACCUCUGUUGGUUCAAAGAACAAUCGCAAGGACGAUCGUACUUCAGGAGAUAGUAGGAAAAGGUAGAUUUGGUGAGGUCUGGCACGGAAGAUGGUGUGGAGAAGAUGUGGCUGUAAAAAUAUUCUCCUCCAGAGAUGAAAGAUCUUGGUUUCGUGAGGCAGAAAUUUACCAGACGGUUAUGCUGAGACAUGAGAACAUACUUGGUUUCAUAGCUGCUGACAACAAAGAUAAUGGAACUUGGACUCAACUUUGGCUUGUCUCUGAAUACCAUGAACUGGGCUCCUUAUAUGACUAUUUGAAUAGAAACGUAGUAACAGUGGCUGGCAUGAUCAAACUGGCACUUUCCAUAGCGAGUGGUCUGGCCCACUUACAUAUGGAGAUUGUUGGUACACAAGGUAAACCCGCGAUUGCUCAUCGAGAUAUAAAAUCAAAGAAUAUCUUAGUGAAAAAGUGUGAAACGUGUGCCAUAGCGGACUUAGGGUUGGCUGUGAAGCAUGAUUCAGUACUGAACACUAUUGACAUACCUCAGAAUCCUAAAGUAGGAACCAAAAGGUAUAUGGCUCCUGAAAUGCUUGAUGAUACUAUGAAUGUGAAUAUCUUCGAGUCCUUCAAACGAGCUGACAUCUAUUCUGUUGGUCUGGUUUAUUGGGAAAUAGCCCGAAGGUGUUCAGUUGGAGGAAUUGUUGAGGAGUACCAGUUGCCUUAUUAUGACAUGGUGCCUUCAGAUCCAUCAGUAGAGGAAAUGAGGAAGGUUGUUUGUGACCAGAAGUUUCGACCAAAUAUCCCCAACCAGUGGCAAAGCUGUGAAGCACUCCGAGUCAUGGGGAGAAUAAUGCGUGAGUGUUGGUAUGCCAAUGGGGCAGCCCGCCUGACCGCCCUUCGUAUUAAGAAGACUAUUUCUCAACUUUGUGUGAGAGAAGACUGCAAAGCUUAAUGAUGAUAAUUGUGUUAAAAAGAAAUCUCUCACAGCUUUUCUUUUCUCAUUUUCCCUCUUUAUGUGAAUGUUGUUGCCUUUUUUUGUUGUUGUUCUACCUCAAAGAUAAUGCAGGACAGUAUUUAAGAGCCCAAAGGCAGCAUGAAAAAUAACUCUAAAGUCAAGCAUGGGCAGGAGUUGACUUCAUCCCAUCUCUGUGUUGUCUUUAAUUUUAUUUUGAAAAGCAACACAUCGAUUCAUCUUUUUUGUUUAAUAAGAUAUGACAAAAAUGUAAAAUAAGCUAUAUAAAAAUAAUACAAGCCAUUAAGGUUUUAUUUUACUUGAAUCAAGAGCACAUGAAUGAAGAAAAAGAAAUGUAAAAGCAUUUUUUUUUCCUGAGACGAAAACAGUUUCAUUAAAAAUGUGAACUAGAGCACAUUAUAUCUCAGCAGAACUCUAGAUGAUAUAAUCUGUGGUUUUCGCUUUUUUUUUAAUUAAGAAGGAUCUUUUAAAAAAGUAAAUAUUGCGCUGAACUUCAGUGUCUAAAACAUGUAAAAGGGGAGCCGCUCGGUUAGAAGGUGAAAGUGAGGUCAGAAGUAGCCACUUCCUUGGCCUUGUCUCUUCCCAGUGUCCUGCUCUCCAUAAGCCUCUACCACAGCAGCCCCGCAACAGUGUGAAAGCCACUAAAAUUUUUACUUCCUCUCAUUUCCAAAUGAGACAUCUGACAGCUUGAGACACUGAGAAAUCCCAAAAGUCACACAGCUAGUGGUGGCGCUGGACCUUGGUCCAAAUCUUGUGAUAAUCUGUAGACUUAGCCAACUUCCUCCUUUCCCUUAAAAUCCGUGUAGUUCUUUUCUCCCUAUGCAGAAACAACAUCUUUCAUGGUGGUAUUCGUGGUCUAGUCAAACAGAAGACAAAUCGGGUCAUUUUGCACAAUCAUAAUGGACCUGCAUGAACUCUCACAAUACUCAUUGGCAUUUUCCUCAUGGAAAUUUCAUAGUCCACCUGUUUGUUAGAUAAAUAUUAAUGUUUUCUGCGUACUUCCAGAGAUUAAUCGGGCAUAUAGAUCCAUUGUUAGAAGAUGUCUUUCAGAUUUAUUUCAGAGGUCCCUACUAUUUUUGUACAUACAUACUUAGAACAGAGGGAAGAGGAAAGCAGGAGAUGUUUUGAGAAAAAUUAAGAAAAUUCUUCAGUAACUAUAAAUAGAUAUUUCCCUACUCUUUCAAAAUGAGCAAGCAGAUGCAGAAGAAGCCUCAUGAUACUUUUGGCUUUAUUUUACUUCCUGUGGAGACAGAAGUGAUGAAUUCUGAAUAAUACAUGAAACAUUGAGUAUUUCCUUCAAAUCUGUAAUUCUGCUUUGGUAAAGGAGAUUUAACAUGGUAUCUUUUAUUGUCCUAAAACACUGCUUCCUAAACUCUGUUCCUUAGAACACGCUUCUGUUGAGAUGUUCCAAGGCCAAAACCGUUCUUUGAUAGAUUCUUAGAAAGUGAUACUGCACAUUAGUAUAUCAUGUGCUUUGAGGAAUAUAGCCAUUAAGAGAUGUUACUUGAAUUUCUUUGAAUUAGAUUUCCCAAAUUAUUUGACCUUGGAACCCUUUUUAUUAAGAACAGGGCAGACCUUUUUACUGUCCCACAUUUUAGUGUUCUACAAAGCAUAACUUGGGUAACAGUGUUCUAAAGGAUAUAUCUAUGUAUUUUCAUGUAGAGCACAAUCUAUUGGUUAUAAUUCAUUUCACUAUGGAAAUAUGUUACUGAACCCAUCUUCGUUUGACUGGGAUCAGAUAUCGAAGGUCCAAAUCUGAUGCCUGUGGCACUGUCAUUCAUGCAGUUAUCCAUUCAUUAAAUAAGAUAGGGGACCCCAUAUCUUCAUCGCCACAAUAUUGGGGCCAAUAGAGAAAAUAUGGAUACGUUCUGCCCCUGGGGAUUUUAAAAGCCAAUUUGGAAAUGGGAACAGGGAUGUAGGUGUUGGGUUGGGGGGAAGGAAAUAAAUUGACAAAUAGAAUACAAAGUAGGAAGUCUUGAGUUCUGUAAGACAGUGGGUUCCUGAAAUUGCUUUCAAUUUGCAAAACAUUUAGAAAGUAUCUUCAUUUGGUUAUUGCAGACAUCAGUUUUUAAAGUGACUAUGUGAAGGGAUUUUAAAAAGAGCUUACGUGAAGGGGUAACCUUGUUUGUGCUUGUUACCUUGAUUUCUCAGAGAUUGUUUACGAAUAUAUGAGAAUGAAAUUAUUUAUUUACUGUAGUUGUACUAUAGCUACAUGGUUGUCGAAAUAAACAAGAAUAAUAUCUCCUGUUUUAUUCACUUA